AGCUGAGCUCCUGACACGAGCUCUCCUUCCUCGCGUCGCCCUCCGCGCUCGUGCUCGCCGCGCUUUUCCUUUGUGCGUCUUUUUUCCUCCUUUUUUUUUCUUCCUCCGGAUGAAACCAGGAUGAGUCUGAAGGCGCCGCGUGGGGCAGAAGAUCAGCUGGAGAUGUGAAGGAGAAGAAAAGUGCAGCAGCACAACUUCAGUCCUCCGGUCUUCAUCCAGGAAGAGGCUGGAAGAAUAAACCGUGGAGGGAUUUUUCCACCCCAAAAAAGCAGGGAAGCUCCUUUUUCCCAGGACAGAGGAUGGAUCGUGGAGAGAGGGUCCCUGUUUUAGGCUGCUGCAGCUGCUAGUGGAGUAUUUCCCCUCUGAAACGCGCACAGCGGAGCUGGAGAGCAUCAGUCAGAGUGAGUGCGGCACUGAGGGAUUCAGUGGAGCUUCUCGGCUCUGGUCGAUCAGACGUUCUGCCUCUUUUUUGCCAUGUUUUUGUCUGCUUUGCUUCUUUGGAUCCCAGUGAGCCCCACUUCUCCAGCUUGCUCUUGAAUCGCUAUCCCUUGUCUUUCACUUUCCGACACUCCUGAAGCCCUCGAAUGAUCCUGCUAUGAGUGAGGUGUCCAGAAAUGUAGCUGAAUACAAGCACUACAGUGUCAAGUCACCCACCUGCAGCCUAUGCAAUAGAGUUUGGGGGUCCGCUGGGCUGCUCUGAGCACCUUCCCACUGGCUUUGGUCUUGUUUUUACUCCUGCUGCUGCUCAGAUGUGGAGGUUGAAGUCAGGCCAUAUCUUCACACUUUGAAGGAGUCCUGUAACUUCACCCCUUCCUCCUUUUUUUUGGUCUCUGGACGCUCCUCUCCUCGUCAGAGUGUCCUGCUGGAGGGAGAUGGGCGCUCAUGCUUUGGGAUUUUUGCUGAUUUUCCUGCUGGAGCGCACAUGGGUCGAGGCGGGCAACAUGGAGCCCAUCUACUGGAAUUCCCUCAACAGAAGGUUUGGGGAUGAGAGGGGCUACGUGCUUUACCCUCAGAUCGGUGACCGGUUGGACCUGGUGUGUCCGGCGUCCGCUCCAGCCGGCCCGCGCUCCACCUCGGAUUACGAGUACUACAAACUGUACCUGGUGUCCACGCGCGAACAGGCCGACAGGUGUGAAGUGAUCGGCCCUCCUAACCUGUUGCUGACCUGCGACCGGCCGAACGCAGACAUGCGCUUCACCAUCAAGUUCCAGGAGUUUUCGCCGAACCUGUGGGGCCACGAGUUCAAAAACCUCCACGAUUACUACAUCAUAGCUACCUCGGACGGCACAAAGCAAGGGAUAGACAGCAUGCGGGGAGGAGUGUGUGUGACGCGAGGGAUGAAGGUGGUGCUCAAAGUGGGACAGACUGCCUACGGACUUCCCCCCAAACCCAAGCCUGAUCCGGCCCGAACCAACACCAGGACUCCAGGUCAGAAUGACGAAGGCAGCUCCUCCAAGGAUGAGGCAGGUGGGCAGAGCGACGGGGGCACAGUUCCCGCCUCCAACAUCGCCCUUAUCGCCGGCGGGGCAGGCGGAGCCGCCUUCCUGCUGCUGGUCGGCGUGGUGAUCGGGGUGGUGUGUUACUGCCGGAGGAAGGCCAAGCACUCUGAGACGCAUCACCCGGCCCUGUCGCUGUCCUCGCUGACCCCGAAACGGGGCAGUGGCACUGGUGUCACGGCCGGCGGCCCCUCCAUGGGGGGCAACACUGGUGGCUCUGAGCCCAGUGAUAUCAUCAUCCCACUGCGGACUUCAGACUCCGCCUUCUGCCCGCACUACGAAAAAGUCAGCGGGGAUUACGGACAUCCGGUCUACAUCGUCCAGGAAAUGCCCCCUCAGAGCCCGGCUAACAUCUACUAUAAAGUAUGAGGAGGGACUGAGACGCGUAGACGCGCACACUGCAGACAAAUACAUACAU